AUGGGGCAUAAACCAUCUAAAAAUCGUCAACAUCGCAGUUCAAUACCUGCACAAUCACGGCCAAUGCCAACACCAGGACUAGCAGCAACAAAAUCUGAUACUUCUAUUGCAGUACGAAAAUCAGAUUUAUCAAAUUUUGCUGUUAUCGCAGUUAUUUUCAAUCCAGUUAAAUAUAAAUCUCGUUACAAUCAUUAUCAACAAUUUGCAAAUCAUAUGGCUCAAUCUGGUGUAGAAUUAUAUACUAUUGAAUGUAUAUUUGAAUCUGCAGAACGUUUUGGUUUACCAAAGCAACAAUUUGAAGUAACCCGUUCUACUGACAGACGUCAUAUACGAGUUUCAGCUCCAUCUAUCAUAUGGAUGAAAGAAAAUUUAAUCAAUGUAGCUAUUAAAAGUUUGCCUCAAAACAUUGAAUAUAUUGCUUGGAUUGAUGCUGAUAUUGAAUUUAAAAAUCUUGAUUGGCCAUAUCGAACGAUUGCUGAAUUACAACGUUAUCCAAUUGUACAACUCUUUGAAAUAGCAUAUUUUCUUGGUCCUGGAGGAAAAAGUGAUGUCUUACGUAAUGAUUAUUCAUUUGGUUAUUCAAUUAGACAUAAGAAACCAAUUGAUCCAAAACGUUAUGAUGAUUGGUAUGCUCAUCCAGGUUAUGCUUGGGCAAUACGUCGUUCGACAUUGAAUUCAAUUGGAGGUUUUCUUGAUUUUUGUAUUAUUGGUUCAGGUGAUUUACAUUUUGCAUUUGCACUUUUAAAUCGUAUGGAAGAAACACUUCGACCAGAUU